AAAUGCGCUAAACACAGCCAAAAUUCGAACUAUAAUGAUAACAGGCGAUAAUAUUUUAAGUCCCUUGCAAGCAGUUAUAACUGUGCAUGCAGAUCCAAUUGGCGACAGUGCAAACUUCCAAACUAAUACCGGUACAGAGUGUAAUUUUGAUAAUAGUUCAGAUAAACACUACAAGUUGCACUACACCUUAGAUUUUGGUAGCAAGACGUCUCGGGCAUAUCUAUUUAAAUCAAGCUUUAAUAGUAACCUUUUUGACCGGGAAACACCUGAAUUCACGGCCCACGUUGGAAAAACUAUUUUUCAUAUGGAGUCGACGAAUUCAUUAGUUAACGAAUCGAGUUCUAGUUACGCAGAAAGUUGUUUGCCGACAAGCGAUAGUUUGGCCAGUGUAAAAACUAUAGACACUUGGACCCACAAUGAUGCUGAGCUUGGUAUAAAACACACACCAGACGAAAGCUGGCGACAAGAAUGUAUAUUUGCAAUGGAUGGUAAGACUUGGCAAAUUGUAAAAGAUCACUUUCCAGAGGAAAUGGAAAUUCUAUUGACACGGGGUUCUAUUUACGCCCGAAUGUCACCCGAUCAGAAACAGGCACUAGUUAUAGAACUUCAAAACUUGGACUAUUGCGUUGCCAUGUGCGGUGAUGGAGCCAAUGACUGUGGUGCACUGAAGGUGGCUCACGCUGGUAUUUCCUUAAGCGAGACUGAAGCAUCCAUAGCAUCGCCAUUUACUUCACGAAAUCCCACAAUUUCGGCGGUUUUAAAAGUUAUUAAGGAAGGACGCGCUGCAUUGGUCACAUCGUUUGGUAUUUUCAAGUAUAUGGCAGCCUAUUCGCUGGUUCAGUUCAUAUCUGUUAUGAUUUUGUAUUCCAUCGACUCCAAUUUGACGGACAAGCAGUAUCUAUAUGUCGAUCUUGGACUUAUAUCAAUAUUUGCCUUCUUUUUUGGUAAAACCGAAUCAUUUGAUGGAAAGCUGGUGGAACAAGUUCCACUUAGUUCAUUAAUAUCCUACACGCCAUUAGCUUCCCUUUUACUACAUCUUACUGUUGUAACAGCAUUUCAGGUGACUUGUUGGAUUCAUCUGCAUCAACAGCCGUGGUUUAAACCUUUCGAGCCUGCGGGUGAAGAUCAUUUAGGUUGCUAUGAAAACUAUACAAUGUUCUGCAUAUCUAGUUUCCAGUAUAUUAUUCUAGCUUUUGUUUUCUCCAAGGGUGCGCUAGGUUGAGACGCCUUGCUACAC